AUGCUUCUUUACAACAGAUACUUAUUAACCAAAUUUGAACCUGAUGUGGUAAAAAUUAACUUUUCUAAGGGCAUUUUGAACCAUCUUCUAUCAAAUUCAAUAGGAAAACCGACCACAAAAGAUGAACUAAUCCAUUAUAAACGAUCAAGAAAGUUGAAUAAACUUUCACCUUUGAUAUUUAACAGAUAUAAACCUAAGGUUAAGCUAUUGGCCUCAACUUUGAGUUGUGAUUCCUUUCCUCGAAAUCAUAUUCCUGAGAUUUGCAUAUUUGGUGCCGCGAAGUCUGGCAAAUCUAGCCUCUUAAAUGCAAUUUUAAAUAAACCAAAUUUAUCGAAAACUCAAUUCAAGACUAGCAAAUUACACUUCUUUAAAGUUGGAGGAAGUAAUGGUAUUGUGAUGUUGGUUGAUAUGCCAAACUGUAUUAAACAUAACAAACCUGAAGAAAAUUUAAAAAAUGAAAAGAUAUUGGAAAUUUGUUUAAAUUACUUAAAAUACCGACAAAACCUGUUACUAACUAUUAUAAUCAUCGACUCUUUAAAGGGGAUCACCAGUGAGGACCUUCACCUGAUCAAUUUUUGCAACCACAACCGGCUAAAUUUCUUAGUUGUAUUAAACAAGUCUGACUUAUUCAAACCCGUAGAACUAACUAAGAAAAUACAAACAAUGGAAAAUCAGUUAAUCUCGUUUAAAUACAAGAUAAAUAACAUUAUCCCUGUAUCUUCAACGAAACUUCAAAAUAUUAACCAAUUACACCAAAUUUUGACAGAUUUCAUCAAUAACACCAAGACAAAUACCGAUUCUGAAAUUACCACUCCCAGAGAACCUAAUCUCCACAAAAACACGAUUAUUAACACUCCUACCAAAAACUUGUUGGAUAAAGUAAAUUCGGUUGAAAACAACUUGGUUACGAGUAAGGAAGUUGAUGGAAUUCCUAAUGAAAUGUGUAUUAGUCCCGAAGUCAAACCCACCAUCAUACCUCAUAACGACAACUUAUUCAUUAAAUUGAACGUAAGUAUUAACCAUUUGGUCAAAGUCCCUGAUGAUUCCAUUUCCACUACCAAUAAUUUGGUGACUUCUGCCAAUGCUUCAACAACCAGUGAAGUGGAAGAAAUGAAGUCAUUAUUUGAUGCAAAAUGUAUGAAUUGUUUAAACACUAAGUAUAAAGUGAAUAAAUUAAAGCUAAACACGAGUUAUAAGAAAGUUUUUAAGUUAUACAGGUCCAAGCAACUUUAA